AUGUCGAGACCGAACGGUACAAUUGCCUCGAGUGGCCUCGAGCUACUGACCUUCGGGACGCCGAAUGGACACAAGGCGUCCAUCAUGUUGGAGGAGAUCAAGGCGGCGUAUGGGAAGCCGGACUACGUCUUCCAGAGCAUCAACAUUGGCGAGAACAUUCAGAAAGAGCCAUGGUUUACUCAGUAUGGACCAAAUGGUCGGAUACCGGUCCUGAUCGACCAUGACAAUGGAGACCUUGGGAUCAUGGAGGGUGCGGCUAUCCUGGCAUAUAUGACACGCCACUUCGACCCGGACAACAAGUUCUCGUUUGCGAAGGACCCUGAGCUGUCACUCUGCGAGCAAUGGGUGGCAUGGCAGACCGGCGGGCUUGGGCCUAUGCAAGGACAAGCCAACCACUUCUACCGCCUAGCCAAAGAGCGCAUCCCCUACCCCACCCAGCGCUACGUCGGCGAGACCGAACGCCUCUACGGCAUCCUCGACGCCCGUCUCAAGGACAACGAGUACCUCGUCGGCAACAAGUACAGCAUCGCGGACAUUGCCAACUACUCCUGGGUCAAUGUCUCGUUCUUCGCCGGCGUGGAUCUCGAGCAGUUCCCGAACCUGCACAAGUGGUGGCAGAGGAUCAGCGAGCGGCCGGCGGUGAAGAAGGGCGUGGCUGUGCCGAGUGAGCCUGGGAUUACCAAUGGGCCGUUCAAGGAGAAGUUGAAGAAUGAUCAGGAGUUCCGCCAGAAGCAUGAGGAGCUGCAGGAGAUUUUGAAGAAGGCGAAGGAGCAGUAUGGGUAUAAGUACGCCAGUCCGUAG